AAGUCCUCGCGUUGGCGAUAUCAAUUCCAUUGCCACCGAGUCCUCUCACCACGGACAGUGAUGCUGCUGCGGUUGAGGAAAAUAAACAAAACGAUGGAAACGAGGCCUCUUCAAAUGGCGACCAUCUUCCGACCGUUGAGCAAUUUAGGCUUUACGAAGAAUUGGAGGAACUCGAGAAGCAAUUAGAAUUAGAAAUUUCUGAAGAUUUGGCUGAUAUAUAA